GGAACACUCACAGUGCUAAAAGAACAAUCAGCUCAAAGCAUCAUGGUGGCAUACACUUCAACGCCAGCCGACGUGGAGGCGGCAGAGGGCCUCCAGAACGAGAAGACGGUGGUGGUGGUGGAGAAGCGCUCGUACACGGCCUGGAUGUGGAAGCUGUCAGCGGGCCUCCUGGUGGCCACCCUUUGCUUGGGCACGGUGCUGCUCUUCGCCUGGUACUGGCACGGACGACCCGAAAGCACGACGCCGUCGGCGGGCCCGACGCAAGCGCUGGUGGCCGAAACGUCAGAUCCUCACAACACCCUGAAGAAGAUCAGCAGCAAAGCCAAGGCAGCCAUUCAUCUCGAAGGAAUUCACGACGAAGGCAAGAGCGUGAACGAGCAGCUGCAGUGGCGCAACGGCCAGGGUCAGGCCUUCGCGCAGGGCGGCCUGACCCUGCAGAACAACCAGAUCGUAGUGCCGCACACCGGCCUCUACUUCAUCUACAGCCAGGCGUCCUUCCGCGUGUCCUGCAGAGACAGCACCGCCGAGGAGGGCCCGGAGAGCGAGACGGCGUUUUCGGGGAAACCCCUGGCGCCGCUCAGCCACCGCGUGUGGCGCUACUCCGACUCGGUGGGCCGCAAGGCCUCGCUGAUGAGCGCCGUCCGCUCGGCGUGCCAGCCCAGCAGCUCGGCCGAGGACGAGCAGCGCUCCAAGCAGGGCUGGUACAACGCCUUGUACCUGGGCGCCGUCUUCCAGCUCAACAAGGACGACCAGCUGUGGACUGAGACCAAUCAGCUGUCCGAGCUGGAGACGGAGGGCGGCAAGACCUUCUUCGGCGUCUUUGCCCUCUGAUGAGGCCGUGAGAAUUGCCGGGCUACGGUUGUGUUCGAAAUCACUCACUAUCCACUUUAUAGUGCUCUCUAAAUAUAGUGACGUUGCCAUUUUGGAGUUGAUAGUGCCCUAGACGUAUCCCACAAUGCAUCUUGAAGAGUAGUGAGCCACUCCACUGAUGAUCAGUAUCAAAUAUGGCCCAUGAUUCUUGGGGUUAGGGUUAGGGAAAAUUAAGGAAUACAAAAUAAUAACAAUAAAAAAGACU